UCUCCAGCAAAGACUACACAGACAAACACAAGUCAACCAAAUACCACAACAAAUAUGGGCGGAAAAGUCACCCCCGUCGACUCUGUCGAGAAGUUCCACGAGAUCAUUAAGAAGGACAAGGUGACCGUGUUCGACUUCUGGGCGACGUGGUGCGGCCCGUGCAAGGUCAUCUCCCCCAUCUUCGAGAAGCUCUCCGAAGAGUACGGCGACGUCGAAUUCUACAAGGUCGACGUCGACGAGCAGCCCGAUAUCGCCCAGGAGGUCGGCGUCCGCGCUAUGCCCACCUUCAUCGCCUUCAAGAACGGCAACAAGCUCAACGACUUGGUGGGCGCCAACCCGAGCGGACUGACGACCUUCAUCAAGUCGGCCUCAGCCGCAUGAGCGAUAUGCCUGUAUCAUUAUUCUUCUCGAUCGUGUAGGGGACUCGAAGAUGUACCGAAGUAACAAAUUAAAUCUGUAAUAUGAGCCAUGGCGUCGAGUGCAUCCUGUCAACGAUCGCGUAUGAAGUGAACACACAAUCCCUUGAGCCGAUACUG